UUCUUGCUCCCUCCAUUUGGUGGCAGUAACCCUAAUCCCUUUGGCUAUAUAUAAGUAUAAGUAGUCUCCUUACACCGCACUCAGUUCCCUGCCUUCACGUUUUGUUAUUGUAUACGCCAGGGUUUUCAUAGGUUUCUUUUCUCUUCCUUCAGAUUAAACUAACAAUGGGUAAGGAGAAGGUUCACAUCAACAUUGUGGUCAUUGGCCAUGUCGACUCUGGCAAGUCCACCACCACUGGCCAUCUCAUCUACAAGCUUGGAGGUAUUGACAAGCGUGUGAUUGAGAGGUUUGAGAAGGAAGCUGCUGAGAUGAACAAGAGGUCAUUCAAGUAUGCCUGGGUUCUUGACAAGCUCAAGGCUGAGCGUGAACGUGGUAUCACCAUUGAUAUUGCCUUGUGGAAGUUUGAGACCACCAAGUACUACUGCACUGUCAUUGAUGCUCCUGGGCAUCGUGACUUUAUUAAGAAUAUGAUUACUGGUACCUCACAGGCUGACUGUGCUGUCCUUAUUAUUGAUUCCACCACUGGUGGUUUUGAAGCCGGUAUUUCCAAGGAUGGUCAAACUCGUGAGCAUGCCCUUCUUGCUUUUACCCUUGGUGUCAAACAAAUGAUUUGCUGCUGCAACAAGAUGGAUGCCACCACCCCCAAGUACUCCAAGGCUAGGUACGAUGAAAUUGUCAAGGAAGUCUCCUCCUACCUCAAGAAGGUUGGAUACAACCCUGAUAAGAUUCCUUUUGUUCCCAUCUCUGGGUUUGAAGGUGACAAUAUGAUUGAGAGAUCAACCAACCUUGACUGGUACAAGGGCCCAACUCUUCUUGAAGCUCUGGACCAGAUCCAGGAGCCCAAGAGGCCCUCAGACAAGCCUCUCCGUCUCCCACUUCAGGAUGUUUACAAGAUUGGUGGUAUUGGAACUGUCCCAGUGGGUCGUGUGGAAACUGGUGUCCUGAAGCCUGGAAUGGUUGUGACCUUCGGACCUACUGGUCUGACAACUGAAGUUAAGUCUGUUGAGAUGCAUCAUGAGGCUCUCCAGGAGGCCCUCCCUGGUGACAAUGUUGGGUUCAACGUGAAGAACGUUGCAGUGAAAGAUCUGAAGAGAGGAUUUGUUGCAUCAAACUCUAAGGAUGAUCCUGCCAAGGAGGCUGCCAACUUUACAUCGCAGGUCAUCAUCAUGAACCACCCUGGUCAGAUUGGAAAUGGUUAUGCCCCAGUGCUGGAUUGCCACACCUCCCACAUUGCUGUGAAGUUUGCUGAAAUCUUGACCAAGAUUGAUCGUAGGUCUGGCAAAGAGCUUGAGAAGGAGCCCAAGUUUUUGAAAAAUGGUGAUGCUGGGUUCGUGAAGAUGAUUCCGACCAAGCCAAUGGUUGUGGAGACUUUCUCUGGGUACCCUCCACUGGGUAGAUUCGCUGUUAGGGACAUGCGCCAGACUGUUGCUGUUGGUGUGAUCAAGAGUGUUGAGAAGAAGGACCCAAGUGGAGCUAAAGUGACCAAGUCUGCUGCCAAGAAGGGAGGGAAAAUAGGCGGUGGCGAUAUUGUUGUGGUUGUUGUGCUUAACGCCACUUUUGUGGUGGAUGUUUGGGAUACUUUCUAUUUAGUUUCAAAGUUUUUGUUUCUGUUACACCGUUCUGUUGAUAUGUUUUUGAACCGUUCUGUUGAUAUGUUUUUGAUGAUUUCUCAGUUAUUAUUUCAUUUCAAGUAUCUUGUCUUGUUCUCGUUUCUGUAUGAAACAAUGGGUAAGGAGAAGGUUCACAUCAACAUUGUGGUCAUUGGCCAUGUCGACUCUGGUAAGUCGACCACCACUGGUCAUCUUAUCUACAAGCUUGGAGGUAUUGACAAGCGUGUGAUUGAGAGGUUUGAGAAGGAAGCUGCUGAGAUGAACAAGAGGUCAUUCAAGUAUGCCUGGGUGCUUGACAAGCUCAAGGCCGAGCGUGAACGUGGUAUCACCAUUGAUAUUGCCUUGUGGAAGUUUGAGACCACCAAGUACUACUGCACUGUCAUUGAUGCUCCUGGUCAUCGUGACUUUAUUAAGAACAUGAUUACUGGUACCUCACAGGCUGACUGUGCUGUCCUUAUUAUUGAUUCCACCACUGGUGGUUUUGAAGCUGGUAUUUCCAAGGAUGGUCAAACCCGUGAGCACGCCCUUCUUGCUUUUACCCUUGGUGUCAAACAAAUGAUUUGCUGCUGCAACAAGAUGGAUGCCACCACCCCCAAGUACUCCAAGGCUAGGUACGAUGAAAUUGUCAAGGAAGUCUCCUCCUACCUCAAGAAGGUUGGAUACAACCCUGAUAAGAUUCCUUUUGUUCCCAUCUCUGGGUUUGAAGGUGACAAUAUGAUUGAGAGAUCAACCAACCUUGACUGGUACAAGGGCCCAACUCUUCUUGAAGCUCUGGACCAGAUCCAGGAGCCCAAGAGGCCCUCAGACAAGCCUCUCCGUCUCCCACUUCAGGAUGUUUACAAGAUUGGUGGUAUUGGAACUGUCCCAGUGGGUCGUGUGGAAACUGGUGUCCUGAAGCCUGGAAUGGUUGUGACCUUCGGACCUACUGGUCUGACAACUGAAGUUAAGUCUGUUGAGAUGCAUCAUGAGGCUCUCCAGGAGGCCCUCCCUGGUGACAAUGUUGGGUUCAACGUGAAGAACGUUGCAGUGAAAGAUCUGAAGAGAGGAUUUGUUGCAUCAAACUCUAAGGAUGAUCCUGCCAAGGAGGCUGCCAACUUUACAUCGCAGGUCAUCAUCAUGAACCACCCUGGUCAGAUUGGAAAUGGUUAUGCCCCAGUGCUGGAUUGCCACACCUCCCACAUUGCUGUGAAGUUUGCUGAAAUCUUAACCAAGAUUGAUCGUAGGUCUGGCAAAGAGCUUGAGAAGGAGCCCAAGUUUUUGAAAAAUGGUGAUGCUGGGUUCGUGAAGAUGAUUCCGACCAAGCCCAUGGUUGUGGAGACUUUCUCUGGGUACCCUCCACUGGGUAGAUUCGCUGUUAGGGACAUGCGCCAGACAGUUGCUGUUGGUGUGAUCAAGAGUGUUGAGAAGAAGGACCCAAGUGGAGCUAAAGUCACCAAGUCUGCUGCCAAGAAGGGAGGGAAAUGAUUUGUGCGUGGGAGCGCGGAGCAUUUAAUAUUACUGUUGAGGACAUCUUAUAUUUAUCUUAGUUUUUCAAGUUGUUUUGGUAGUGUUUCUAUUUUGUACUUUUUUUGCCCGACGUCUACGUACAGCACCCAGAAUUGGGUGCUAGAUAGGCGGUGGCGAUAUUAUUACGUUUGCUGUGGAUGUUUGAGAUAAUUUCUAUCAAGUUGCAGAGUUUUGUCUA